AUGUUUUUGCACUACCUCCUGACAGUGAUGUCCAUGGCAGCACAGAUCUAUGUGCAUCCUAGCCUGAAAAAUGCUGUUAGUCUGGUGGUAGUGAAGAUGGUGAUUGUGGAGGAUGAGGAGGUGGGACCUGAGCUUUCAAGCAACGGUGGUGUUGCCCUGCGCAACUUCUGCAGGUGGCAACAACUUUUCAACCCAGGCAGUCAGAGGCAUCCUGAACACUAUGACACUGCCAUCCUGUUUACUAGAGGGGAUAUUUGCGGAUAUAAGGAUUGUGACACUCUGGGUGUAGCUGAUAUUGGCACUAUGUGUGACCCCAAAAGAAGCUGCUCAGUCAUAGAGGACAACGGCCUUCAGGCAGCUUUCACUGUGUCACAUGAACUCGGCCAUGUACUCAGCAUGCCACAUGAUGAUUCUAAAAUCUGUGAGAAGUUGUUUGGGCAUCUCAAUGGGCAUCAUAUGAUGGCUCCUUUCUUCGUUCACCUCAACAAAACUCUUCCCUGGUCCCCAUGUAGUGCACUCUACAUCACAGAGUUCUUCGACAAUGGCCACGGUGACUGUUUGCUGGAUCCACCUGAGAAGAGCAUCCCUUUACCUACCGAGCUCCCCGGCCGUAUGUUUGGUCUGGACCGGCAGUGCCAGCAAGCUUUCGGGGACGAAUAUACCCACUGUCCCAAUGCCCCUGAAGAUCAGGCGUGUGCACAGCUGUGGUGUCGAGAGGAAGGAAAGAUACAGUGCACGACCAGGAAUGGAAGCCUUCCCUGGGCUGACGGUACUCCAUGCGGGGAGGACAGGAGAUGUCGUGAGGGUUCAUGCAUGUCGAGUGCACUGGAGGAGGCGGGAGAAGAGAAGGUGCCAGUCAAUGGUGGCUGGGGAGAGUGGGGCCCUUGGGGGCCGUGUUCACGGACGUGUGGUGGGGGUGUGGAGUUUUCUCACCGCGAGUGCACUGCUCCAGUGCCACAGAACGGGGGCUCGUACUGUGUGGGACAGAGGGUCAAAUACCAGUCCUGCAAUACUCAGAUAUGCCCAGAGGACCAUGGAAAAAGCUUCAGAGAGGAGCAGUGUGAAAAGUAUAACACUGACCGUUAUUUGGACAUUCAAGGAAACAUGAAGCAGUGGAUCCCCAAAUAUUCCGGUGUCUCUCCACGAGACCGCUGCAAACUCGUCUGCCGAGCCAAAGGGAGCAAUGAAUUCAAAGUUUUUGAAGCUAAGGUCGUGGAUGGCACCACCUGUGGGCCAGACACCACAUCUAUCUGUGUUCAGGGCCAGUGCAUCAAAGCUGGUUGUGACCAGGUGAUGGGCUCCAAUGAAAAGCUGGAUAAGUGCGGUAUCUGCGGAGGUGACGGUACAAACUGUAGGAAAAUAAGCAGCUCAUUAAACAAAGCUACUAUUGGCUACACUGAUAUUGUUACCAUCCCUGCUGGGGCGACUAAUAUUGACAUAAAACAGCGCAGCCAUCGAGGCAUCGCACACGACGGUAACUACUUGGCGGUAAAGGCAGGAGACGGAACCUACAUCCUGAAUGGGAAUUUCUCAGUGUCUAUGGCAGAGCAGGACAUCCCAGUGCCUGGUGCCAUGCUUCGCUACAGCGGCUCUUCCACCACCUUGGAGCGCCUCCUCAGCUUUCACAGACUUCGGGAGCCCAUCACCAUCCAGCUGCUGUCCACCGCUGGGGACACCUCACCCCCUAGAAUCAAGUAUACUUUCUUUUUGCCGAGGGAUGUGCCUUUUAGCAAGCCUGGCACAGAGAGCAGGAUUUCGCCACAUGUCAUUUUGCCCUUUGGGGGAGCUGACUGGGUCCUGGGUGAGUGGUCCGAGUGCUCCAAGAGCUGUGGUGCUGGAUGGUCCAGGAGAAGCGUGGAGUGUAGAGAUGGGGAGGGAUCCUUGUCUUACCUCUGCGAUGCCGACCUGAGACCGGCAGACAUCCGGCCCUGUGGGGAUCUGCCCUGUCCCAUGUGGCAAAUGGGGCCGUGGUCAGCGUGCUCACGGACUUGUGGAGUCAGACAGCGCCACCGCACUGUAAUCUGCAUGGACUACACGGGCAAGGUUCUAGAGCAUGAGAAGUGCAACCCAGAUAAGAGGCCAGAGGUAGUUGUUGCGGAAUGUUUUUAUCAGGACUGCUAAAGCUGACAUUGUGUGCAGUAGUAGAGAAUGAGGAGGUGGUAGCAUCCGUAGUGACUGAGAAAAAGCUUUAGAAACAAGCUAAGAAGCUCUUGGGGAUAGAGCAUUAGAUUGGAGAUCACUUGUCAAGCAUAACCAGGACAUUUGAUAUGAGUUAUUAUCUAUAUCAUGGUUUAGUCUAAUUCUCUGUCUUUUAACCACAAAGGUAACCUCCCACGGAGAUCUACCUCAGUCAAUACAAGCUUCAUAAUAUUCACAGUUGUUUAGAGAGGAGUCCGUUGGAAAACAUUUGCACAAACCUGCUGAAAUGAGUCCAAAUUAAGGUACCUAAAGAUGGUCACAUAAAUGAUUAAAGUCAGAUCAUCCACCUUUCUAGAACUGUCCACAAUGAACUGCAUUUUAGUAUCUUUAUACAUGCUAGACUAAUUGAUUUCACACAUUUAUUUUAAUUGCCAGCCUUAUGUUUUGUAGCAUUGAGUCUGUUUCGUAUUAAUAUCUACUCCUUUUAAUACUGGUAUCACCCUCAAAGGCUUUCAGAUUUUUCAUAUGGCAACACUGGAGGAAGCAGUAUUUGGAAGUACAGUCCUUUACUAGUCUCACAAUAGCUGUAUGUGAACAACAUACACAGAUAAGAGCUGUUGGAAUAGAUACAAAUAUGCUAACUUUACCUUUAAAAUGUUGCCUGGCUAUGACUGUUGAUUUGGAUGAAUGAUUUUAGUUUGUAAUGAAGAAUCAAAGUGGAAUUGCCUUCUCUCAUACACUGUUGGUUUUUCUGUACACGAGGCAACAAGCUAUCCCAGUUUGAGAGCAACUAAGUGUGCCUUUAAUUAAUUAAUUUCUCUAUUGGCAUCCACUGGUGCACAUUACUUAAAAGGAAUCAUUUAAUAUAACCGAUACUGGCAUAUGUGAGUUUACAGGAGAAAGUAAUUUAUUGCUAAAUGUUCAUUUAGAAGUGGAUAAUUACUGUAUAUUAUUGGACACACAUGUGCCCUCAAGAUAAUGGCAAUGAUUGCUAAGACACAAAAAGAGAAAAUACAUUUCCUGUGAAGACACAUUGAGAUGCAUCUUUGCAAUCUAUAUUCUGUUAAUUUGUCCUUACUCUUCCAAGCUUUAGUUGACACUGUAUAAAUGCAUUUAAAAAUCUAUCACCCACACACCCAUUAUAAGAAAGAAGAGAAAAACUAAUCUGAAUGUUGUUAAUAAAUAGUAUUUUAUUUAAUAGGACAACUAUAGGCAAACAGUUCUAACGCAGCAGUUCUGAGCAGACAUGGCUGAUAUUUCUGAGAUUUUCCCUUUAGCCGUACGAUCACUGAUAUUUGUUGCAAGAGCCGUUUCACAUAUGGCAAAAUUACAUUUAAUUUGAUACUUGCAAACCUUCUUUGCCUGUAAUGUAAUGUAAUUGAACAGAACCUGUAAAAAAUUAAUAAAUACGAGAGAAAAGAUUUGCAUUCCAUUUGAGUCAAAAGUAUGCAAGUUUUGAAAUGGUGCAUAUUUGAAACUAAAGCAUUCUAUCCCUUCAGUGAAGGUCUGCACAAUGCUAUUGUUAUAGCUUCCUUUUACAAGCUAUUUAUUUUUCUACCUUCAACACCUAAUGUUUUUUUUUCUCGAUGCUGCUGUCUGUCUUAUACAUGAUUGAUGUAUUAAAUCAAUUAAAU